AUCAACACCGUCACUGACCGGCCCAGUAUUACUGAUGGUGCCGAUCAAAUUAGCGACGCUCCAGUUGUUGCAACCGGCACCGAAAGCCCAACGAAUCAUCCUGCAAGUGACAGUACUAAUCCAGCAGUAUUGCCUACUGGACCACCCUUGUCACCCAGUCCCUCAGAGUCCCCGAGUAUUUGGUCCACAGUCAUUCCAUCAGAAUCGCCGAGCAAUCAGCCUACGGCCAGUCCAACCGAAUCUUCAAGUAAUCAGCCUACAAACGAGACUUCUGAAUCUCCAAGUAAUCAACCCAUCGUGAAGCCUUCUGAAUCGCCAAGUGACAAGCCCACAGUCAGUCCAUCUGAAUCUCCAAAAAAUCAGCCCACACUCGAUCCAUCUGAAUCGCCAAGUGACAAGCCCACAGUCAAGACUUCUGAAUCGCCAACCAAUCAGCCCACAGUCAAUCCAUCUGAAUCGUCCAGUAACCGGCCCACAGUCAAUCCAUCUGAAUUGCCAAGCAACCAUCCCACAGUCAAGACUUCCGAAUCCCCAAGCAUUCAGCCCACAGUCAGUCCAUCUGAAUCCCCAAGUAUUCAACCCACAGUCAGUCCAUCUGAAUCUCCAAGUAUCCAGCCCACAAUCGGUCCAACUAAAUCUCCAAGUAUCCAGCCCACAACCAAGCCUUCCACAGUUGCAUCUGACGUUCCGUCACUGACGCCAAGCACCACAACUUCCAUGCCUCCAACGAAAGCAGCUAGCCAUUAUCCAACUAGCAACGCUCCAACUGUUGCCAUUGGAACUGAAAGCCCAUCGUCCAUGGAAAACACGAAUCCACCUGAUGACUCGGUGGCAAAGCGGUCGUUGAAUGGUUUUGAGCUAUCAUUAAAACCCAAACAGGAUCGUUCCACGAGGGGCAAUGCAAUUGAUACAGACGAUUUGGAACCUACCAUUGCAGCUGCUAUGGGCUCCUUUUUCUUUUCUAAGUUUCAUUCCACAUGGAACAACCUUCAGAGCAUACAAUUAUCAGUCCAAGCUCGAUCGGAUGGUACCUUUGGCAAGAAUACCACCACCUCCAAUGAUACCCGAAAGUCUAGGAGAUUGAGCCAUGA